GAAAACCGUAACACAAAAAGAAUUAAGGAAAAAUUAAAAAGUUAAAAGAAUAAUGCUUUAUGCUUAGCUCGUGACGGUUGAAAUCGGCCAUGAUUUGUAACCGUCUGAAGGGAACUCGACGAAACUGUACCUCGGAUCGCCCCGCCGUCGUUGAGGGACGCCACCGGAUGAACUGUAUCUGCAACGCCAUGAUGAAUUCCCUCAUGGUCUCCAACAGAAAUUGGCAUCAGAACGGGUGUCAGCGGCAGUCCGUGGCGGACAUCGAGAAACGCCGUCGCCAUGGCCGCAUCAUCGAAUUCCACGAAAUCCCACCACCAAGACGGAGGGCGGAAUCGGCAACAAAGCCGCACUAAGGCGGAAAAGCCAGAACCGGCAGCCGCAUAGAAACGGUUACAGAGCGACCCCUGUGUUUUUUCAUCGAGUAAAUGCGUUGCCGUUCCUGGCGCGAACCAUGGAAGCAUCAUUGUCGGCCUCCACCCUCUUCCUUGCUUUCGUUGGGUUGGACUUCAUGCCUG